CAGAUAUGAUGUUAUUUAUUGUUUUGCUGUAGUUCAUUUUGAAUGUUGACCAUGUAAAAUGGGAGCGUUCAACUCUGCUAUCUAAACACCCAAGGAUAGCAACGCUUACUAGCCUCAUGCUAGUUAGCUUGCUAAAAGCUAACAUUAGCCAAUCGACUCCAAAACAAGAAGCUGUCUGUGGAUAUAUAGUGAAAUGUAAAUUAAACAGAUAGCGCAAGCAGAAUUAUUUGUGAUUAAUAACUACACUGGCAUGUUGGUGUGAGGGUAUUUGGAUAUUAACACCAAAUACAUAGUUACCACCUGUUGAUGAUAGUUAGUCAUGACAGUUAGUACACCGUUAGCUAUUAAACCCUUUGUUUGCUUAAACUACCACGUUAAAAUAAAACUUGUCGUUUUGUUUUGUCAUGUUUUGUAUGCACAGAUACUCGCUAAGAAUGUGAGGUUGACUUCAAAUGCUACAUUUAAUUGUUUUUAUGUGGCAGACAGUCUGGACACGAUGUUGCAGCUGUCAACAACAGACGGCCUGCUUUAAUCCUGUCUGUCCGUGACACACACACACGGUGAUUUUGCAUUGUCUGUGUGGACGCUUCUUGACAUAAUGCAUUCACAAGCCCUUUACCCUAACCUUAACCACUACAGCCAAGUGUCUACCCUAACCAUAAAACCAGGUGUUAACCCCCAAAAGGUCAUUUAAAGUUGUGUGGACCAGCCAACAUGUCCUCACAAAUAUAGGUUUGCCUGUCAUUGGUACACUCAGCCAUGUACACAGAGAAGGAAGAGAGCAGGUGCUCAGUAGACAGUGUUAUCAGCAUACUGGAGAUAACUAAAUAUAAUCACGAUAAAGGUGACCGGGAUGUGAUGUAUAUAUACAUAUAUAUUAAAUUUUUUAUUUUAACAUGAUAAUCUAAUUGUGAUUGCAAAUCUCUUUUACAAAGACGUCUUGGUCAAGAGGCAGUGGCAACAAACACACACAUUAACAACAAGACAACUCAUUCCAAUUAUAAUAAGACAAUAAUAGACAUUAGAGAUCAAAUCCUUCACAAUGAAUUUAAAAUGAUCCUGAGAAACCAGAUUUUGGAGUUUGAAAUGUGAAAAAUCAUGUAUUUAGAUGUAUAUCAUGUAAUCAUGUAAUGUUCAACAGUCAUUUUCAGAAACACACUUGUAUUCAUUCAGGUGUAAGACCUUAAUUUCCCCCACAGUGAUGCUCAUGCUCCUUUAUGGUAGUGCAGAUGUUCAGGUGUUGUUGUCAUAGUGACUUAUCCAACAAACGGGCUGAUGAAAGGGCCAGAUGACUGUAUGACUGAUUAACUCUUGAGCAUACUCACUCAGAAAAGAGAGGAAAAAGAACAAUUGAUGAAUACAUUCAGAAGAAAAAAUAAAAAUAAACGAAAAACCAAUGCUAAUAGUAUUAGCUAUUUGUCAAAUGUAUAUUGUGAUGAUUUACAGCCUGCUGUGAGUUAUUGGAAGAAGAAUAUUUUUUCUUAUACACUACUACUACUCAACUGUCAAUAAAGUAGGGAUGUAAGUUGGUAACAUUGGUUGUCUGAUCUGGUUGUGAUGUGUCAGGGAACCUUCUUUUUAUCCUCAUAAAAACAAUAAUACUAAACACAUAUCUUGUCGUGGUAAGGUUAUAAUGAUCUGUCUGUUUCAUAAGGCAGACAGUGACUGGCUGUUUUCAUUUAUGUAGCAACAAUGGAGUGGAUUAGUGAUAUAAUACAUCAUUCAGCCUCUUGGGAAAUUCCACCCCCUGUUGUCGCUUGGAAACCAAGAUACACAAUAUGGAUACAUUGACCCGAGAAAAUCAAAUUGGCCUAGCUUUCACAACUGUUUUGGAUGACUGUUUUAUAUAAUAUAAUUACGUUUUUUUGGCAGAUUUCAAACAUUUGAGGAUCAAAAUAAUCGGCUCAUUGAAGACACAUAUGGUCAUGCACAGCAGUUUGAUAUUCUUUCUAGGUCUUUGUCUCAGCAAUUCCUUUCCAAGUGACAACAUGAACUCUGAAAAUGCCACGGACCAUGACAGAGACAACCACGGCGGAAGUUGCCACUCGGUCCGCAGCAGACACGCAGCCUCCAGAGAAUCAUCCUCACAUGAACACAAAAAGAACUCCUGGCACAAGACUCAGGAUGAAGAUGAAAAAGACUCCGGUGAUGAGAGUCGAUCAAAAACCAGAACCUGGCAUUCCGAUGCUGAUCGGGACCACAUAUUAGAUGGAGAGGGUCGGAGAAGUAGUGGGUCCCCUUACUCGGAUGAUUAUGAGAAUGAGUCAGACCGUUCGCUUUCACCAUACUCCCGAACUCGAUCUCCAUCACCCCCUCCGAAAAGAGAGGUGCAGACAAAGAGGAAUUCUUGCACCCCACUCUCCAAGACAGGUCGUGGGGGCCGUCAGGGUUUGUCCCGUCCUCUGCGUCAUGGAGGGCAACCCAUGAUCAUGCAGCAACGAAAGGGAGUGCGAUCACAAAGCAAGGAGUCCACACAUGCUAAAGACCUAGAUAUAAUGACUAAGAGGCUGCGUUCGGGCCGCGUGCUACAGAUCAAUGAAUUGCGUAACGCCCUUUGCGAACUGCAGCGUCGCACUGAUGAGCUGCAGAAAGAAAACCGUAUCCUCAGACAGCUUCAGUUCCGGCAGCAAAAAGCCCUGCAGCACUAUGACGACACCAAAAGUGAGAUCUCCCAGAUGUUGGCGCACGAGACCCGGGUGCUGCGCGAACAGCUCAGGCGCACCCAAGAGCGCGAAAGGACCUCCGAGCGGAGGCUGAAGGACAGCGGGGAGCAGCUGCUAAAAAAUCAGACGACCAUCAUGCGAUUAAAGAAGCUGGUGAGUCAGCGAGACUUGGAAGUCAGGGAUGAGUUAAACCGCAGGCUUGAGGAAGAGACAGCACGUGCCGAAGAGGCAGAACGCAAAGUUAAGGACCUGGAGCGUAGCAUCGAGCUGAGCAACAGCAGUUUCCAGAGGCAUCUGGUUGCAGAGAAGAAGAAGACCGUCAGUGCCCAGGAGGAGAACAGGGCUCUGGAGCAGGAAUUGGAAAGACUGACCAAUAAACUGAAGGAAAGAAAGAGAGAGCUAGAUGCAAAGAACAUUUAUGCCAACCGCAUGUUGAGACCGUCGCCUAAAAAAGAUACUGACAGCAACACAAAGCGGAAAGUCAACAGCAGGGACACCACAAAAGCAGUGCAGACUGAAUACAGGGCAUCUAGUUUGGAUUUCCCCACACCUCCACCUGCCAUCACUGACGCUGGUGAUUACAAAGAACACGGACCUGAUGAAUACCUUUCACUCAAGGAGCUUGACAGAGUGGCCAGACAAGCAGAGACGGAGGACAGGAUUCAGAAACGGGAACAGCCGAAGACGAGAGACAAGGACAAAGAAAGGGACAGGAAAAGGGAGAAGGAGAAGAAACAGCUACUUCAUCAGGAUCACUUGGAUGAGAAGGCAAAGAGACAAAGAGAUGGUAAAGACCUGUUGAAUCAUAAUGAAACAGAGAAUAACAGGAAGCGUGGACUUGUCCAGGAGGAGGUGGAGAGGUGGAAUCAGGAAGCUCAGGAGGCCAAUCAGCAAACAGCAGAGGGAGCACGUCACAAAAAAGAACAACUACUGGCAAAGAUGCGCGAAAUAGAUUAUCAAAAGCAGGUAACCAAGGCCUCCAUGUAUGCCGAGUCUCCUGAUUCUAAUAGGAGCAAUAGUGACCAUUCCUCUCCUCGCCUUUCUGAGCAGAGGAACCAAAACUCCUCCAUUUUUAGCCUCACUGCUCCAGAGGAGUCAGCCUAUCUGUCUGCCGGUGAUGCAGAGGGUGGAUCUGUGUCGACAGGAACGAGGAGGAGAGCACUGCGCACCCAAAUCCCCAGUGAUGAUAUGGCAUUCGGAAGCUACACCCCUUCUGUUGGAAAUCCAUCUUCCCGAAGGUCUCCCGGUUUCUUUCCGCCUAUGACCAAAGAGGACGGGGACUCUGCCCUAGAGGCAAUAGGUGUUAUAAGUCUCAGGGGAGUGGAGACAGAAACAGACAAAGACAUGGUGAGAGGAGUGGGCAAGGACAGAAAGUCUGACCUCAUGCAGCAGCUAUUUGGCACUGUGGCUACACCAACUGGUGACGGUGUGAGCACCUCCAUUAAAAUGGAGGUGCUCAGUAGUCCUCCACCUGCCAAUGGAGUACGUUCGAGGAGGGACGGACGCUCAGGGUCUUCCAGUCCUCCAACGUCCUCUUUAAGCAUCCAUGUCACGGAUAGCAAACCUUCCGUGCGAGCCAUCAUCUCAUUUGACGAUGACAUAGAGGAGCUGGCGUUGUGAAACUUGGUUUACAAAUGGAACGUUAUCAACCAAACCAACCAAACAUAGACAUCUUGUGCAAAAGUAUAGAAAAUACGACAUGUGACAAAUAGUUUAAACAUUGUAUGUGUCCUAAAUAAUGUUUUUGAAAAAAAAAAAAUUAUGUGCAAUUGAAUGUGGUUAUACGGGACUUUUUUAAAAAACGUUUUGUUUUAAUACUAGUUGCACUUAUAGCUGCACUUGGUCAAGUUUUAGGAAGUUUUACAGGUUUGUAGUUCAGCUUUCCUGUCAGAAUAUGUAGUUCCUCCGAGCAAUACAGUGUGCAGACACAGGAGCAAAGCACCGACAACAUUUUUGUCCAAACA